AUGCACGCAUUACCUGAUGUGAAACCCUCAACAGACAUGGACUGUGUUUCCAACCAGGACUCUGUGUACCUGCCCAACUCUGUUAGUGCCUCAUUGGAAGACCUAGACCUUUGGACCCAGUUCCACCAUGAAGGGACAGAAAUGAUAAUCACCAAAUCUGGCCGACGAAUGUUCCCACAAUGUAAGAUCCGGCUGUUUGGGCUCAAUCCUUACACCAAAUAUAUGGUGCUGGUUGAUUUUGUUCCACUGGACAACUUUAGAUAUAAGUGGAAUAAGAAUCAGUGGGAAGCUGCAGGGAAAGCCGAGCCGCACCCACCAUGCAGGACGUACGUUCACCCAGACUCCCCCGCUACUGGGGCUCACUGGAUGAAAGAUGCAAUCUGCUUCCAGAAACUCAAACUUACUAACAACACUUUGGAUCAGCAAGGCCAUAUCAUCCUGCACUCAAUGCACCGCUACAAACCACGUUUCCACAUUGUUCAGACGGAUGAUGUGUACAACUCUCGCUGGGGCCUCUUACAAGUCUUCAACUUUCCUGAGACAGAGUUCACUGCAGUGACCGCAUACCAGAAUGAAAAGAUAACAAAGCUCAAGAUUGAUCACAAUCCUUUUGCAAAAGGAUUUCGGGAGCAGGAGAGAAGUCACAAGAGGGGAAAUAUUUUAAAGACUCUAGUACAAAGUCCAACCAAGCGUCUGAAGAGAAAGAAGUGGGAGGAGAGCUCUGAUCUUGAUUGUACAGAUUCCCCAAAAUCAGUGCGUGUGAAGGAGGAACCUUGUGUGGUCCCAGCUGGGUUAUUUCAGAAUUGGGUACCAGAGCAGGAGCUUGGCCAAGGGCUGACUCCCACCUCCCCAGAGUCCACAGAUACCACAAACCAGGAACAGCAAGUGCCAUCUUCAUCUUCUAGCCUUCUGUACAGGAAUCCCUACAGAAGUGGGUCCCAUCCUUUCUCUACCCCCCAUGAUCUGAGUGAUUUUCCUUGUAGACGUCUAACUCCCGAUGUAGCUAAAGUUCCAGAUUCAGAUGCACGUCCAUUCUCUGAAAACUUGAUGUCUUUUCCGACAUUUGCACCACCUCACUCUUCACAGGACCGAGCUAGUGUUACAAGUAUAUCUAUGGAAACUCCAGGGAAAUCAUCUCUACGUAGCACUAUGUACAGCCCCUACGGAGCAGAACAGUGGAUGACUCCUACUCAGGGACAAUACCGGCCAGUUGGAUACCCUGCAUACGCAACAGAUUAUAGUGCACAGGGUACAAUGACCCAUCCACACACAGGAAUGUCAGACUGGAGCCAGUACUCUCUCUUUCCUUACUCGUGCUGGUAA